AUGCCAGAUGAUAUUCCGAAGAUACCACGACGUAGGGGCAAGAGGAACCAGCCGUCAAACAGUGCUUGGAGACAACAACGGCUUUCAUCGUACAGGCCCGCCAUAAAUGCUUAUACUGCUUUCCCUUGGACAACUGCACUUGGCAUUAUAUGUCUUGCUAUAGGGAUACUGCUAAAAUUCUCUGUGGACCACUCUUUGGAACUGGUAAUCAAAUAUACAAACUGUACGACUCGUACGGGAAUUUCGGCCGAUCAGAUAACCGAUUUCUCUUACCCAGACGGUUCUAUGCAGUGCCACCUUUCGUUCUCCAUCGCUGAAAAUUAUACCGGUAACGUCAAAUUCUACUACGGACUGCGAGAAUUCUACCAGAACAACAGAUUAUAUGUUGAGUCAAGAAAUGAUUUGCAAUUACUAGGGAAUCUCGAUGAGGUCUCCGGUUGUGACCCGUUGGAUUACGUGGAUGGCAUUGACAACAUCACAUAUGCUCCAUGUGGUUUUGUUGCAAAUUCCAUGUUUAACGAUAGCUUUCAAUUACUUCGUCAUGGAGAAAUAGAAUCCUUCUUUGUUGUACCAUUCACAACUAGAACUAUGAUCUCGGAAAAAGUAAAGAAAAGGAAAUUCCGCAAUCCUGUACAAAAUGGCAACGAAACGCUCUGCGAUGCUUUCCGGAAUACAGCACGGCCGCCAUGGUGGCAGAUGGACAUGUGUAAGCUUGGUGCGGACGCUCCAGGUGUUGGUGUUGGUUUUGAGAACAUUGACUUCAUAAUGUGGAUGGGAACGUCAGCGCUACCAAAUUUCAGGAAACUCUAUCGAGUUUUGGAUAGAGAGAAUAACUUUACAGACUAUCCUGCCCAGUGGAAAGGAGCUGAGAAAUCGUUUAUAAUAACUCGGGAGACUUGGAUCGGAGCACGACGGCCGUUUCUUGCUUUUUCCUACAUGGCAGUUGGUGUAUUCCUCUUACUAGUCAGCAUUCUAUUUUUUGUUUUUUACCUGAGACACCGAUUACUGGGUAAAAAAGACCAGGCAGAAGCUUGA